CGGACUCUGCCCCUAUGCGGGAGGCCCGGGAGGAGUCCGACCUGGAGCGGUAUCAGAGAAGCCUUCGAGACCGUGCUAGUAAAAGUAUCCAUCAACUGAAAUAUGCCUUGGUGGAAGGAGAUCCCACAUUGGGAGAAAGUGAAGUUGCAUUUGACCAGUCAUCCACAGGUAAUGAUGAGAGUGGGGAAACGGCCUGGCAGGAACUGCAACACAGUCAUGCAGUUAAUCAGCUUAAAGCUUUAUUGCAAGAGCAAGAAGGACUAGAAAGUGAAGUAUCUCCAUCAAGGAGGAGGAAGAUGUCACCCUCAAGAACUUCAAAAGCUGCAGAUCAGAGUUUGCCUACACUUUGUGAUCUUGUUCCUAUCAUUAAUGAUCAGUCCCAGUACAUUCACCACUUAGAAGCUGAAGUGAAGUUUUGCAAGGAGGAGUUGUCUGGGAUGAAAGAUCGGAUACAAGUAGUUGUGCUUGAAAAUGAGAAACUCCAUGAGGAACUGAAAUCUCUAGCUGUAGAGCAGACGUUGAGAGAACAAACUCUUUUGGAUGCUUCAGCAAAUGUUCGGAACUCCUGGACUGUAGGAGCUGAUGAUUCUUCUUUAUGUCAACCUGCCAAGUCAUCACCAUCACAUAAUAAAGAACGGGUUUUGGCCACAACAGCCACUGCAGAAACAGAAAAAUGGCAGCUAGAAUUGGAGAAGCUAAAACUUCUUUAUCAAGAAAGGACUGAUACACUUGAAGCUCAAGUACGGUCUAUAAGAAAAGAUUUAUCUGAAUCUGAGAAGAAUUGUGAAGAUUUAAAAGGAAGAUUAAAGCACCAAGAUUCUCUUAUUGCAACAAGUAAUUCCAACCGGGUUGGUGGUCUUUGUCUGAAAUGCGCACAACACGAGGCUGUUCUUUCUCAGACUCAUUCCAAUGUCCACAUGCAGACCAUUGAAAGGUUAACAAAAGAAAGAGAUGACUUAAUGGGUGCACUUGUUUCAGUAAGAAGGAACCUGAGUGAGAUGCAGCAAAGGGAAUCUAGUGCUUAUGAACAAGUAAAACAAGCUGUGCAAAUGACUGAAGAAGCCAAUUUAGAAAAAAUGAAGGCUCUAGUCCAGUGUGAACAGCUGAAAAGUGAGAUGGAAAGACAGAAAGAUCGCCUUGAAAGGGAGCUAAUUUCCCAACUAGAUAAGAGGGCCGGUGAAAAAGAAGCCCUCCGAGGAGAAAUGAAGAAAGAAAGAGAGGACUUGGCAUCAACGGUGAUGGUUUUGUCUCAGAAUGUGGCGACACUGGAGGCUCGGUUAGAGAGAAUUACAAGAGAGAAGAACUCAAUAGCUAACCAGCUAGAGGAAGCCCAAAACCAACUUACCUCUCAGGAGAUGGAAGUUAAUAAGGUGUGUGGAGAAAUGCGUUUUCAGUUGAAUCAAACCAAAAUGAAGAAGGAUGAGGCAGAAAAGGAGCACAGAGAGUACAGAACAAAAACUGUAAGGGAGCUUGAAAUUAAGGACCAGGAAAUAGAGAAAUUGGGAUUAGAGCUGAAUGAAAACAAACUGCGUUUGGAACAAGCACAGCAGGAUGCAGCAAGAGCCAAAGACGAGUGCCUAAAACUGACAGAACUGCUGGGUAAAUCUGAGCACCAACUGCACCUCACCAGAUUGAAGAAAGAAAGUAUUCAGCACAGUUUUAGCAAUGAAGCAAAGACCCGAGCCCUUCAGGCGGAGCAAAGAGAGCAGGAGCUGACACAGAAGAUGCAGCAAAUGGAGGCCCAGCAUGAUAAAACUGUGAAUGAACUGGAUUCUUUGCUGACCUCCCAGAAUACAUUCAUAGCAAAAUUGAAGGAGGAAUGUUGUAUGUUGGCAAGGAAGCUGGAACAUGUAACAGAAAAAAACAGGUCUGAAGUCAGCCAGCUUAGUCAGGAAAAUGAGUACGUUCAUGAUAGACUGGAGAAGAUGCAGAAAAGAAAUGAUGAAUUGGAAGAACAGUGUAUCCAGCAUGGGAGAAUGCAUGAGAGAAUGAAGCUGAGGUUACACCAGCUUGACAAGCAUUGCCAAACCACUGCCCAGCAGCUAGUGGAGUUACUCAACAAACAGAAUCAGCUCUUCAGAGAGAGGCAGAUGCUAACAGAGGAGGUGCAGUUCCUGCGAACACAGUUACCCUGUGUACCAGUCUGA